GAUAAGAUCAUGCUUGUGCUGUUUUCAGGGAGGUCAAAGACAGUGGUCAGAAACAUCAUUUCUAAAGGGAAUUUCAACCAAAUCAUUUAGACAGAUGACGAAGCCGAAUGAAAAUACUGAACAAUGUGUUGACUUGGAAACCAAUUAGAAAAGUUCAUCCCAGGCUGUCCAGCAUAGCCAAUAGGAGGUGGACGUCACUCAGUAGCAGAUCCUUUCGGAAGCAAGAUGGACAUAACAGCCGAAGUGAAGGAAUGGCUAUCAGGCAUCACCCCUGUGAAGAAGGCAAAGCUGUUUUUCUUCUCUACUCAUGCUAAUACUCCCAGUUGCAUGAGGACCCAGAAUGUCGAGACAACCCAGUUACCGCUGGCAAGUGCUGUCGCUCUUGGAAAUUUCAACCAAAUAGAUGAUUAUUUGGAGGGGAAGGCAAAGGCCUUUUCUCGUCAUAAUGUGAUUGAAAAAACAAUCUCAGAGACAGAUUACGAAUAUCUGAGUUUUUUCUCCGCUUGCAAAUAUUUGAAUGUUGUUCCUUGUUUUUUUGAUUUGGAAAAAGUAUCUUCUAUUCAAGACAACUUUGAAAUGACGGACGAGGAGCGAGACUAUCGCUUCUUAUUGGAUUCUGCCGACCUUGUGCUAGAAAAGAUCUGCGACUCACUGAAGCCAGCAGGAGUAGCGCAGAUUUGGAGAGCUCUGAGAAAAGAUAGGAUGCUAACCUUAGGUGUGCAUACCAUAGAGGUUAUUGGUUUCUCCGUUCAUUUAGAGCCAAUAGGGAUAAAAGAGUGCCUAUUCUUUUACAUAGUUCGUCAUUUGCAAAUGCUAAAUAAAAUCAACAGGGUGUGUACAAGUAAACUGGAGCGCCUCCUAGGGGAUUGUGAGGAAGAGUCAGCCUGUGAAGAGGGGAAAACACUUAGUUCUAUUAUAGAGGGCCUGCGUUGCUACCCAGUGGAGUGCUAUCCUUUUGGCUUCUGUCUCAUAUUGUCUGUUCAAAGCAACCGGGAUGGAGCGAUUGCAGAAAUCCAGAAAGUGUUAACUGUCUCCAAGCAUCUAGGCAUGAUAUCGCACCAUGAAAAGGAUCCAAAGGAAAAGACAAUCGAAAACAUGAAAAAUGAAUUGAUGAAGCCUAAAUAUCGGUUCUACAGUUCCUUCACUUGCUGGUUCAUGUCUCAUGGGGAUGAAAACUGCAUGGAGCUUGCUGAUGGGAACACUAUUGAAAGACAAAGCUUUCUUACAAAGUUCUCCAACAUAGAUUCUUUCCAGCUGAAGCCAAAAGUAUUCUUCAUGGUGUCAUGCCUAGGUAGAAAGAAGUUCAGACUUGAAGCUGAUGACAGAGAGAGCCUUCAAGCAAAAGGGGAUCUGUUUUCUAUUGGAAGCACCAGAGUCAGGGAUUAUAUGCUUGACGUACCCGACAGAGGGCGCGACAUUUAUCAUACACAGCCCAUGAUGGACACGCUGGUGGCCUACUCAACAAUGCCCGACAACCUAUCUGGGCGGGAAACCACUCACGGAUCCAUCUACGUGGACCGUGCGUGCAUGCUGAUGUGUGAAAAUAUCAGCAGAGGGAAAAGCUUCACAGAGAUCCUGGAGCAUCUGAACCAAGAACUGCAUGAAAUUAUACAAACAGAAGAUGAAGAGGAUUGUGUAUACAAGCACGGGUGUCAUUAUAAUUCCCAUUUUCGGAAGACACUUAAGCUGCCUGUUGAGCGGAACAACGAUUAAGCAAUUUUCAUUGUCUUUAUCUAAGGUGUAUGCACGCAGACGGACUGGCAGACACACACACACACAUGCACAUGCACACAACCACACACACACACACACACACACACACACACACACACACACACACACACACACACACACACACACACACACACACAAACACACACAUGCACACGCACACACGCCCAUAAUGAGUAUUUAAUCUAAUUAGAAUAUGCCUUGAUAGAUUAUAAUGAUUAUUCUUUUAAAUAUCAGGGGUAUGAUUUACUUGAGAGCUACACAUAUGAUCAUUUUUUGUUAAUUCUUAAAAGUAAACUAAAGAAUAUAUCCUUAAAUGUGUCAUUCUGUAUAAUGACUUGGAAAUUUGCAUCUAAUUCCUAUAACAAUACACAUGCAAUGUUGUUUGUGAUUGAAAGUCUCUGUAACCGGUGAAUGAAUAAAGUUCCUAAGUUAU